GCGAUAGGCACCUGGCUCGGCAGCAGCAGCAGCGGGUGCGACUGCAGCUGCCACUUCGACGCCUCGCCCGACGAGGCCCUCAUCGGGCUGUUGAAAGGGCAGCUCGACAGGUGCGGUCCAGAGCACCUGCACGGACAGCCGACGUUCACUCCAGCCUGCCCCGAGCCAGGGCACACCCGGCUGGAGCUAGGCCUCUCGCUCGUGCUCGGCCUGGUCCUGGGCGCUGUGCUCCGCGAGGCCCUGGAGACCCUGCAGGUGGGUACACGGGUCCUCGCCUACUACGAGCAAGAGGACAAUUACUGGCAUGAACGGAUUUUGGUCGGCAGGAUCACUGCGACGAGAUGGGUGGUGGUCACACCACACUUUGACAUCUACGAGGAAGACUUCGCGGACGCCCUGCAGCUCUGUCCAGUCGGCCCCCUCGGGGGCCUGCCCACGAAGCUCUCGGGCCACAUCCUCCGCAUGGACAUGGGCCGCUACAAGCGGAACGAAGCGAGGCUGCUGGCUGAGGGCAAGCAGCUUGCUAGCGAGAUCCGCCAGGAGGAGGGCCUCCCCGACGAGCCACUCGGGGCGCUCGCGCCACCGCCGGCACCUGGCGGGGCUCUCGCCGUUCGUGUUGACGCUGGUGACGCUCCUCGCUGGGUUGCCUUGGAGGCCCGAGCUGGCUACCGACCAGGUGACGAGCUUCCAGCAGGCACCGUGCCCGUUGCCGUUCUUGGAGAUCGGGGGAUCUGUGAGCUCGCCGAUGGCACCAAGCUGGCAGUCGCGAAGGCCGACACCUACGAGGGCACUCCGACCCCCCGGCAGGAGCGUCAAGCUGCAGAGCAGGAUCUUCGGACUCUUCCUGUCAAGUACGACGCCGGCGGCACCAGGGUCAGGGACUUCGCCGAAGCGGUGGACAUCAUGUCCUCCAACCCGCAGCUGGACUUCCCUGUCCUUGGGCCGCGGACAACCUUGUGGCUGGUGCAGCAGUUCAAGCGGCUGGGCCAGACCCCCCUUCAGCGACACAUGUGGUGGAGGCAGACCCAGAACCUCACCGCCGCGGAUGCUGGAGUUGAUGAACAUCAGUUCCUUUCAGAGCUGCUGGAGAUGGGCGCCGAAAAGGACCAACUCAAUGAGGGCGAGCUCGCGACCUUCGAAGCUGUGUCCCGACGGUGCCAACUUUGGGAGGAGGUCUAUGCCAACAGACUUCGUGAGCACGAGGCGGGCGCGGUUCGCAGUGCGGGGGCUCAGCUUGGCUCGACGAGCGUGAGAUCUUCUUGGGGCAAGAGCGUGGGCGUGGCGGAGCUUUGGUUUGUCCUGCACUUCAGAGCUGGGUGGCAGCCCGUCUCCAGGAAGAGGCAGCAGUACUCAAAGAACGACGCAAAGGACGUGAAGAAAAGAUUCUUGCUCGAGGUGGCGCGGAGGACGCUACAGGGUCUCACGCCUGGCUACUCGGAAGUCGAGGCCGCCGGUUCUCGAACAGUCUACCAGCGGGGAAAUAUCUCUCUUCCCAAGAUCGGCGCGGGCAAGGUGGCUCUUACGGAGGCCCUCCCCGCUGACCUGCAGACCAAGCUGGAGACUGGGCGCGGGCUGUUGCGAUCCCCAGUGGAGGCAGCAGCGCUAAUUCGUGACGCAGGUGCUCCUCGUGCCAUGGACCCGAAGCUCGGGCGGCUCGGCUACGACUACGGCCACGCGCUGGGGGAGCUCUACACCUCUGGAGUGAUCGAGGCCAGCUCGGAGCCAGUGUUGGAGGAAGCUGGCAUGUUUUUUGUGGCUCGCAAGGACAAGCGGUUGCGUCUCAUCUGCGACACCAGGACUCCCAACAUGCACUUUACCACUCCAGAGCACACGGCGCUCGCGACGGGCGAGGCGUUAUCCUCGCUGGAGGCGCCAGGAGCGACUAUGAUCGGCAUGAGUUCUGGAGACGUCGAUUGCUGUUUCUAUCAAUAUGCAUUGCCGCCCUGGUGCAGGCGCUACUUCAACCUCCCGCUGAUCGAUAGUCGCUUCCUGCCUCCAGAGGUUCGGGGCGCCUGCGGGCUGACGUUGAAGAGCGGCCAGCCGUGGUGCUUGGACAAGUGUCCCGGCAUCGACUUGAAGUCUGAGGAUGCCAAGGUCCUGUACAUCGACAACUUUGCUGUGCUGUCCCAGUCGUCCGACCGCGCCGCCACCGCCGUCGCCGACAUGCAGGCGGCGCUCGCGGCCAAGGGCGUGGUCUCAGAGCUAGACCCCGCCCCAGCCGGGCGCGGCGAGCUGCUGGGAUGCGAGCUCGACUUGCAGACGGGCUGCUGGCACGUGCUGGGCCGCCGGCUAUGGCGAGUCUACGGUGCCCUCGAGUAUGUCCUCUUGGGUCGGGCCAAGGUCUCUGGCCAGGAGCUCGAGCGUCUGAUUGGCCACCUGGUUGUCAUCCUGAUGCUGCGCCGGGAGGGGCUUGCCAUGCUGCACUCCUCAUACGAGUUCGCGCAGGCCUCCUACUCCAAGAAGCAGCCUCUCUGGAAAAGCGUGACCCGUGAGAUGGGCUGGGUCAAGGCGCUGCUACCUUGUCUUCGGGCCGACACCAGGCGCCCGUGGAGCGAGGUGGUCACUUGCUUCGACGCGUCCCCCUGGGGCUACGGCAUCGUGGAGACCGAGUGGGACCUCGAGGACGUGCAGCGCGUCGGCCGGGUCUCCGAGCGCGCCCGAUUCCGACGCGUGCUCGCUGCCGAGGGCGCCCCCCGCGAGAGGGCGCUGGAGCAGGAGAUAACGCGGGCACCGGAGCCCGCCCUCCUGCUAGCAGAUCGCUCGGCAGGUUUCCGGGAGGUCGACUACGGCAAGAUGCACGCCCGGCCCUGGCGCGCAGUCGGCUGCGGCCGCUGGAAGCGCAAGGAGGCCAUCCACG